AUGUGCAUGACUUUUUGGGUCUCUUCUAUGCUAUGUCCAUAAUUAUUUAGUUCUGUUCCAUGCUAUAUCUGUGAGCAACGAACGAGGAAUGUCGUCGGUCAUCGGGAUGGCCAGCUGACAGUCGUACAGUAUCGUGGAAUAUUACGCGGAACGCGAGGGCUAUCGGUGACAUCGAUGUGGCUACUGCAAGAACUCUACCACGAAUUUCACGGUAUGUGGGCGCACACGUUGACGGUGCAAGACCAUCAAAGUUUGAUAGACAGGGGUUGAAGACACAGCGGCUGCUAUUGUUAUAAACCCAUGAUGAAUCAGACCUGCUGUCCUCAGUAUACCAUUAGAUGCUAAAUUUUAGGAUAUUAAAGUCUCAGAAAAAAAAUUCUAAAACGCGUGAUUAAAUUUUUGAAAAAUGAAUUGACAAAUGAUAGUUAUGGAGGUACAAGUGAAGAUCAACAAGAUAAUAAAGAUAUAAGCAACGAAGAGGCAUUAAACUAUCCUAAGCAUUUGACAAAAGCGCAGAAAGAUAAAUCUCAGAUUGAUAUUUCGUCCGUCGAUGAUGAAUUGUCCAUUAAUUCAGUAAAAAUGAAAACUCGGAAAAAUUUGACUUCUGCAUUGAAUAGCGAUCAAGCGCAGUUAACAAAUUCCAACAGCAAAAAUACCUUGCACGUUAGAAGUGAGUUCACCGAUGUGGUACCUUGCAAGAAGGCCAAAUUAUUAUGCAAGAUAAAUCACAGAGUGAAAUCGAGCUUAUUAUGAAAGAAAAGAAACAACAAAAUUGCGUUAAGAAGGAAAUGGAAGAAUUGUUCGAGGAAGUAUACACUGGAAUAAAGAAGUUAGAGAAUCUUCGAAAGAACAAGAAGCAAGGAAUAUAUCACAGAUAAUAUCAGUGAAAGUAUCAUUGAAACAAAAAAAGAAAAACAGAUGAACAUUUCUAUGCUUUAGUGACAUUACAGAGUCCACCCAUGCAGAAUAAUAUUGAAGAUUUAUUUAACGGAAAUAAAGUCGGAGAUAAAGACAUUCAACCAAUGGAUCACAUAUCAGCUAUGAAUGGUUCUAACUUAUCGACGCCUUCUGUGACUCAUGAAAAUUCUCAGACGAAUGUAAAGACAUAUCGUUUAAUAAUACAGAUUGACAAAAUACGAGGUAAACCAGGCCCAAAAUGUAAAAAGGUACUUCCUCUGAUAAAAUUUAAUAAUACAAAGGAUGCAGAAACGAAUGAAAGUGAUACGGUAAAGAAACGUCCAUUACAAAACAUUGAUUUAUCACCCAUUAAAAAGCCCUGUGCUCAGGGUACAUGCAAAUUAAAAAAAUGUACACUUAAAUCAAAACUAGAAUUUCAAUGCGAAUUAUGUGAUAAAUAUUAUAUCGCGAAGACAGAAGAAGCUAAGAACUUCUCUUGCACCAAAUGUUUCAAAAGUUUUUCUGAUUCACAAUCAUUAUAUGCGCAUGCUAAAACGCAUUUUGGGUGUGAUAUUUGUCUGACGGAAUGUACCACUCAAAUGACGUAUGAUAAGCAUAUAAGAUUGCACGUUAGUACUGAUCCGCAAUAUCCUUAUAAAUGUCAUCAGUGUCACAAAAUAUUCGAGAUGAAGGAAGGCGUUAAGCAACAUUGUCUAGUGGAACACCCUAAAAUAGCUCUACAGAAUACCACCAUUCAGGUUUCACCUUCUUUAACUAAAAUAGCUCCUAAACAAAAUGAUAAUUAUUUCUGUAUCAACUGCAAUAUUGGUUUUACAAGCGACCAAGCUUACAGGACUCAUAUAAAUUCUCAUGGAAAGAAAGAGGGUUUUACAUGUAACAUUACAAACGAGGCUAGCAACAUAAUAGCUGUACCGAAUCCUUUAACCGGGAAUCAAAUAGGUAUUCUUCAACCAGUGAAGUUUAGUUGUCGGGUGUGUUCGAAACAAUUUGACAACUUUGACGAAGUUAACUUGCACACACGGACCCACUUGCAGGAAUCUGGAGAAGAGCUCAAAUGUAAUAUAUGUAAGAAGUCCUUCAAGAACAAUGCCGAAUUUAGCGAGCAUUUAAAACAUCACUUGUCGCGCGCGCAUCCCUGUCCAAUUUGCUCAAAAGCUUUUAUCAAUAAAACUACUUUAAACACACAUUUAAAGACGCACUCUGCAUCAGUGAAAUAAGAUAAUUUUAUUUUGGCAUUUUAUUAUAGACAUUUUCUGUAAAUGUUAUUUUUUAAAAAGUUCUUACAUGUGAAUAUAAUGUUCACUAAAGAAUUACCAACUUAUGUGUAAUGUGUGUAUGAUACGUUAAACUUUGGUUAUCCAAUACUACUUGCAUACUUAAUAUUUGCUCCUUAAACAUUAAAUUAAAUAUGCAAAUAAAAAUUAUUUUAUUUUUUAUUUUAAAUUAAAUUACUUGUUUGUGCACGUAUGACAAUGAGAAAUGAUUAAUCGGAACAACAACGUCGAAUCAACGUCGAACCGAUCAUUUCUCAUUCGGUAUAAUGUUUUCUCACUGUUAGACGAUUUCGCUUAUUUAAAAUAUAAUUGCCACAUAUAAAAUACUUUUCCAAAACUUUGUUUUAUAUACAGAGAUCAUAUUAUGUACAGAUAGGAAAUUUCUCUCUCUCUCUCUCUCUCUCUCUCUCUCUCUCUCUCUCUCUCUCUCUCUCUCUCUCUCUCUCUCUCUUCCCUCUCCCUGCCCCUCCCUGCCUCCCCCCCUCUCUCUCUUCAUAAAAUUUUCUUUAUCACUUUCACGUAAUUAUAAGUUUGAAAUAUGAUUUAAUUAUAUUAUCAGAAAAAGCGAAGGAUUUAUUUCUGUAAAUAUGAAGUUUGUAAUAUAAUAAAAUAAAAAUUACAUUUUAUAUUUCCAAUUCCUAAUAGUUAUAGUGACACUUUUUAAUGUGUGUAUAUUGUAUAUUUAAUAAUACUUGAAAGCAUACUUAUAAUGUAUAUUAUUUGCAAUAAAUAAAUAUAUACUGUGUAUGUACU